CAUUUAUCCAACGGCCAAUGGUGACCUAAGACCUCUCGCAGCCGAACGGUUGUAAACCCCAAUCUCGAGCUGUCAAAACCCUGGCGUCAGAUUCCGGAGAUGAGAUGGGGCGGUAGAUCAGCAUUUGAUCAAAUGGGCUUCGAUCUCCUCACAGAGAACUUGUUCGCCGGCCACGCCGCGGCGGCGGCCGGCUCUGUCGCCGGUGCCGCGUUCCUCACCCAUCCCCUCGACACCCUCAAAACCCUCCUCCAGGUUGGUGCGGGGUCAAGCCAACAGGUGGGUCUUUGGCAGGUGGUCGAGAGGGUUCGGAUGGUUUCAGGAUUGUCAGGUUUUUACAGUGGCCUUGGAUGGUCGGUACUUGGUAAGCUUUUUGGUUUCGGAUCACGUUUUGGAACCUAUGAGAUAUUAACUGCUUACUACAAAGAUGGAAGAACAUACAACUAUGUGCAUGUUUCUGAGGCUUUUUUGGCAGGCAUGGCAGCAGGUGCCAUGGAAGCUGUUAUUUGUACCCCAUUUGAACUUCUUAAAAUUCGCAGUCAGGUCUCCUCUGCUUCUCUCCUUAGGAAACUUGGUUCUGUUGGGGUUAUGCAAGAAUCAACUCCACUUAUUUCAAAAUUACUACCUGGUUCCACUCCUAAUAUGAAGGCAUGGAAUAAUACUCUUGGUAUGUUGUCUACUCUUUCGACCAGUCAUAUCGACAUUGGUGGUGUGCUGAAGCAGUAUCCGUGGAUGCUGACUGGUUCUGGGAGGCCUCCAUUUGCUUCUGAGGUCAAAGAACCUUCUAAAAUUGUAUCAUUGGAGGGAUGGAGUGCUUUAUGGAGAGGACUUCGACCUGGAAUAGCUCAAAAAUGUGUUUUUGGUGGUUUUUUCUUUUCUACCUGGCAAUUCUUUCACAUAGCAAUGCUUGACUGGAAAGCUCUCGAUUUGAAUCCACCACCCAGGUCGAUAGAUGAUGUUGGCCCUGUCUCCCCUCUGGCUUCAAGUCUUGCUGCUGGGUUUUCUGGAAUGGUAGCUGCCGCUGCUUCUCACCCGUUUGACACUGCCAAAACUCGGUCACAUUGUAUUGUUACACCCAAGUAUAUUGCCAUGGAAAGGAAACUUUUGAGAUGGGAACGCCCUGGAAUCUGGCUAGAGAGAGUUACGGGGAUGUCUCCGGCAGACAGGAAUAUCAUGUUUCGUGGACUCAAGUUGCGGAUGUUAUGCAGUGGAAUUGCCUCCUUUGCACUCGUUGGAAGCUACCUAUUGAGUGUGGAUUAUUUGUUUUAGGCUGAACCACAUUGACUGAAGCUUUUACCUUGAGGACAUUCAACAACAACGUCCACACUAGUGUGAUCAGGUUAGCUGCAAGCAUACGGAAAGAUGACGCGAGAUAGCAGCUAAAUCUGGUUUAAUAGCUCGAACUUCAAAAAACUUGCAGUCUAAAAUUGUAUUUGAAAUGAAUUUGAUUAUUCAUGUGAAGCUGAUUGUUAAAGUGCGGGUGUUACUUAGUUUAAAGUCGGAAGUCUCACAGUUAAUCAUGCUUCCUAAUUUAUCUAUUUGGGUAAUGGACAGAAUGACUUGUUUGAAAACGUGCCUGUAUGCGAAUCAAGUUCAAAUUUUUGAACCGCUCGUCAUUUGGAUAGAUGGCCA